UCCCACCCUCUCCAAACAUCAACCUCCACUGAAGGAAAAAACUUUGGAUCUUUAUUUAAAAGAGAUUCAAAGGAACCCUUCUCACAAUAUCCCGUAUCGAAUACACCCCCAACCUGCAAAAACCCUACUUUAUCAACCCCCAACUUUUAUCAUCCUCCAUCUUCCUUUUAAUUUGGGUUUUAUAGUACACCCAAAUCCCCUAAUCAAAUUCCUUUUGGAUGUUUUCCUCUCUAAAAUCCCCUAAUCUAAUUCCUGGAUCCCCAAGAUUUAAUUUACAAUUAUCAGAUUCUAUAAUUGCCAGAUUGCCCUAUAAUCUGUUAAUUCACAAAUUCAAACGUGUUUUUGCAGGAUUUAGGAUGGAUGUUGGUUAGAAGUGGUAGGGACAUAUGCAUAUGCAGGUACAGUGAGUGAAAAUUACGAAAAUAUCCUUUUGCGGCUUCGGCAAGCUAGUGACCACCCGUUGCUAGUUAAGGGAUUUAGCUCAGAGUCUGUCGAUAGACCUUCUUCAGGAGUGACAAAGAACCUUCCUAAAUACAUGCAAGCCUAUUUGUUAAAUCUUUUGGAAACUCUCCACAUAUGCUGCUGCUUGUGUAGCGAUCCACCGGAAGAUGCAGUUGUUAGCCUUUGUGGACAUGUAUUCUGUUAUCAGUGUGUAUCUGAAUACUUGACAGGGGAUGACAACACAUGUCCAUCACCAAAAUGCAAAAGCACAAUUGAGCCUGAUGUGGUAUUUAACAAAGCCACGUUAAGGAAUUCUAUCUUUGAUGAUAUCGGUGCCAGCUCAUCAAGAAUUGAUGAGAAUUUUAUAGUUUUUCAGAGAGAUUAUAUAUCUUCCAAGAUUAAAGCCGCAUUUGAGAUUAUUCGGUCGAAUUGCAGAUCAAAAAGUUCACAUCUAGGUGCCUGGACAAGAAUGUUGGAUCUUUUUGAAAUGUCACUUAAUCAGUAUCUUAUUCAAUAUAGGAGACUUGAUGGCUCAAUGUCUUUAUCUGCAAGGGACCGUGCUGUUAAAGAAUUCAACACUGAUCCCGAGGUACCUAUUAUGCUGAUGUCACAUAAAGCUGGGAAUCGUGGUUUGAACGUGGUGGCUGCAUCUCAUGUUAUUCUUUUCGAUCUGUGUUGGAAUCCAACUACUGAAGAUCAAGCCAUUGACCAAGCUCAUAGAAUCGGUCAAACUCGACCUGUUACAGUGUCCAGACUCAUUGUUAAGGACACAGUUGAAGACAGAAUUCUUGCUCUCCAGGAUAAAAAGAGGAAAAUGGCUGCUUCGGCUUUUGGUGAAGGUCAAAGUGGAACUUCAACUGCUCGUUUAACCGAUGAAGAUUUAAGAUUUUUGUUCAUGGGGACACGUUAAAACUUUCGUUAGUCAGGUGGUAUUGUUGCGCAUUUUUGUUAAGAUAAAAUGGGAAGCCCUUCAAAUAGUUGUGUAAUUGACUUUUGCUGUUUGUAGGGAAGGUUAGUCUUGAAUUGCUUGUUUUAUUCAGGCUUUUUGGAUACCCAAGUUUGAUAGUAGGAGGAAUGUUAUGACCUUAUGACCUUUUAAAUGCAUCUUUUCAGAUAUGGUUUUAACUUA